AGACUGCAAUCCCCUAGCUGGGGAAUUGGCGGUUUAAUUAAAAAUUGCGUAUACGCCGCGUGUAAACAAAGUAAUAGCUUUGGAUGAAAGCGCGUAAAAGCCGCAAAGUCAUCAAAAGGAACUGUUAAAGCCGCUUAAAAAUUCAGGAGUAUAACUUUUCCGGGUAAUCGCCAAAAAUCGAGUUAAAGUUUCGAGUCCGUUUGGCGCCAUUUGGCAAUGGCCAACUUCGGACCUGUCCCAGGACAAACUAUAAAAAGUGAACUUUGUAAAGAUUCAGCAGAGCCAAGCAGUCGUGGCUAAAAGAAUUCCCAGUCCCAGUUGAAUAAGGACGCAAUUGGAGUUGAAUAAAAGUUGCAUUGGACAACGCACAAGCGAAAAUAAGCAUUGUGACCUUUUUAAGUUGGCGAAAACAAAAUAACUCAAUAGUCACAGCAGGGUCACCGGAGAACGGCUAAUUGCAGCUAACCCCUUUGGCGUUGGGCACACGGAAAAUGGUUCGUGAACACGGCAGCAUCCCCGCACCACCGAUAGCUCCUCCGCCUGCACCUCUGACGGGAUCCCUGCGGUGGCGACACGCCGCAUCCUUGCCAAAUGCGGCCAGCAAAUAAGCGCACUUUACGCGUCCACCACUGCGGGCACGUUCCAGUUGCCGUUUGGCUCGGAAGCUCCUAAACUUUUUGUUUGGGCCCAAAAACCUCCAAGCAGACAUGGAGACCAUCAUCCUGUCGACGCUGCCCACACUGACGACGGAUGCGGCUGGCAGCAGCAGUUUUUGGCUAACUGGAGCCCUUUCCCUCUCCGAGAUUCUGGCCAAUUCGAGUGACGGCCCUGCCGCCAGCACAACCACGACGGCAGAGACUCCGUCGACGGCCUCCUCAGCGGUGAAUGUGGGCAAGGACCACGACAAGCACGUGAAUGACAGCGUCUCCACGGCACUAAGUAAUUAUAGUUCAUAUCCCGGUUACAUCCACUACCGCGAUAAAUACGACCUGAGCUACAUCGCCAAGGUAAAUCCUUUUUGGCUGCAAUUCGAGCCGCCGCGUUCGAGCACUUUUCUGGUGAUGGCCGCCCUCUACUGCCUCAUCUCGGUGGUGGGAUGCGUGGGCAAUGCAUUCGUCAUCUUCAUGUUCGCCAACCGCAAGUCACUGCGCACUCCGGCCAAUAUUCUGGUGAUGAACCUGGCCAUCUGUGACUUCCUGAUGCUCGUCAAAUGUCCGAUUGCCAUAUACAACAACAUCAAGGAAGGUCCGGCUCUGGGAGAUGCAGCCUGUCGCCUGUACGGAUUUGUUGGCGGUCUGAGUGGGACCUGCGCCAUUGGAACACUCACCGCCAUCGCUCUGGACCGAUACAAUGUGGUGGUCCAUCCACUGCAGCCCUUGAGACGCUGCUCCCGCCUGCGCUCCUACCUGAUUAUCCUGCUGAUCUGGUGCUACAGCUUCCUGUUCGCUGUGAUGCCGGCUCUGGACAUCGGGCUGUCGGUUUAUGUACCCGAAGGUUUCCUGACCACCUGCAGCUUUGAUUACCUAAACAAGGAGACGCCGGCCCGCAUCUUCAUGGCUUUGUUUUUCGUAGCAGCUUACGCCAUUCCGCUGACCACCAUCGUGUACUCCUACUUUUACAUCCUGAAGGUGGUCUUCACGGCAAGCCGGAUUCAAUCAAACAAGGAUAAGGCUAAAACGGAGCAGAAGCUGGCCUUCAUUGUGGCAGCCAUUAUAGGAUUGUGGUUUCUGGCUUGGUCGCCCUACGCCGUUGUGGCCAUGAUGGGUGUCUUCGGUCUGGAGCAGCACAUCACUCCGCUGGGAUCCAUGAUUCCGGCGCUUUUCUGCAAGACGGCAGCCUGCGUAGACCCUUACCUCUACGCUGCCACUCACCCCCGGUUUCGCGUCGAAGUGCGUAUGCUUUUCUACGGACGCGGAAUCCUCAGGAGGGUAUCCACCACCAGAUCAUCGUACAUGACCCGAUCGAGGUCGUCUUUUACCCACAGACUACGCACCUCUACCACGGGUGGGGCCGCAGGCGAGGGAGAUCACCGCAUGGAGACCUAUCUGAUGAACAAUAACCUGAUGAUGGUGCCCGAGGAGACGGAGGAGAACGAGGAGAUAGUUGUGGUGGCCGAGAUCAACAAUUCGGUGAGCAGUGUCAUGGAGCAGAGUAAGUUCUAAAGGGGCCGUCAUGGAGCAAAAAGGUGCAUUACUUUUAGGAACAGCAUAUCCCUGGGGCGGACAGGAGUUACAAGUUAAUUGGGGAAUAGUUUGUGUAUUUUUUAUAGCUUUUAUUAAUUGUAAUCAUUGAUUAUUUUUUAUUUUGAGUUAAAAAUUUAUUUUAAAU